GGUCCUCAGGAGCGUCUCUUCUUUGAAACAACGCACCACCUUGCGACCAUAUUGAGCUACUGCAUGCGCCUUUACAGACAGGCAUCUUCGCAGCCAGCAUCGUGGGGUCUUUUUUCGGAGUGCAUGAGAUGGAUGGUUAUCCCGGAGUCAUUGGCAGCGAUUCUACAAAACAACAAGAAAGACAUUACUACCUGUUGUCUGAACUGCAAACCUUAGUCAAAGAUUUACCGAGCUCCUUCCAGCAGCGCCUGUCCUACAACACCCUGAGUGACCUGGCUCUAGCACUCAUAGAUGGGACGGUUUAUGAGAUUGUGCAGGGGCUCCUGGAUAUUCAGCAUCUGACAGAGAAAAAUCUGUACAACCAGAGGCAAAAGCUGCAUUGUGAACACCAAGCACUCAAACAAGAUCUUACACGAAAACACAAAGACGCUCUGCAGUCAUGCAAGUCUCACAAUCUUGCACUUCUCAAAUCAAACCAACAAGCAGAACUAGAGGCUCUGGACAUUCGUGUGAGAGAAGAACAACGGAUGAUGGAUAAGAAGAUUGUAGCAGAAAUUGAUCAAAAAGUGAUAGACCAGCAGAACACCCUGGAGAAGGCGGGAGUCCCUGGGUUUUAUAUCACCACUAAUCCUCAGGAGCUGACAAUGCAGAUGAACCUACUUGAAUUGAUCCUCAAGCUUCAACAAAAGGAGUCACAAUCUGGAAUACUAUGAGAAAGGUGAUAAAGAAGCCUAAGUGUGCCAAAAGAAACAGACGACACAUGCUCACAUUCCAGUUACUGUGAGAUUCAACGUGCUUCGGUCAACAUGUGACAUUGCUGUUUGUAAGAAGCAACGAGUUCAGAAAACGUCGAACACUUGUACUUUCUAUACUGAGUGUAAUUAUCGUCACUAUCAUAAACCUGUAUGAGAAGGCUGGUUCUUAAGUAUUCAAGUAAUACGUUUUAAGUAGUGAAAGAGAGCAAUAGCAGGUUGUGACAGCAUAGAUUGUAAAGCACUUAGAAGCCAUGUCACACAUUGUGAAAUUAGGAAGUUGUUUUGUUGCAAAUCCUUUAAAGACACUUAAGGACUACACAAGGACACAAAGAGAUGAACAAAGAUGGCUGCGACUGGAUAUAAUGCUGUGACCUUCCUGCAAUGAGAUGGUCUCUUUGUGAGUGCCUCUUGAUGCCUUUGGAGCAGUCAGCAACAUUUGAGGUGAAAAGAAAAGUUUUAUUCCUUUGUAUGUACACAGAGACCUGACUGAGCAGCAGUUGUGUACUGACAUUAAAUAUAAAUAUAUACUGGCCUCACCUCACGACUUUGAUUUCAAAUCUGUAAAACAUAUUUUCACAAUGUGAAAAGUGUCAGUUCCACUGUUCUGGCUCUGCUUCGAACAGCCUUUAUCUGAGGAUGAGGGUGCAAGUUAGUCGCUGGGCUAACCAUUUACAUUGAUAUAAAUGUUGACAUAAACAAAUAAAGAACAAUUCAAUUAAUAUGA